AUGGGCCUUGGGCCAGUAGAGGCUGUGGCACAACAGUGUGGCGAGGAGGAGUCAAAAGCCUCCUACAACAUUUUCUGGAUAUGGAUCACUUUUGGUUUGCUUUUUGGUGUGAUGAUUCUUGUCUUCACAGCGUUGUGGCGCAGAUGGAAAGCUGUGGUGAAAGAACUCGAGUAUGCUCAAACACAGCUUGGUGAUCACUAUGAAUAUGCAGCAUGGCUUUGUGAAAGACUUGAUGGUUUAGCAUGGAUAACCCCUUCAAUUGAAACUCUUGGUGAAACGGUUGAUGCGAAUGCCGAGCGUUUGGCAGCUCACGAGGCUGACACGCGUACCUUUGACCCGCAGAUAUUCCAGGCGGCGAUCUUAGAAGUUGCAGAGGCCACCAAGGCAGCUGUGAGACUUGCCCAGUCAGUGCAACAGGAGGAGUUGGACAUGAGUUUUCUUGAAGAUAUGGUUGCAGAAGAAGAUGCGUAUGUGGCUGAACAGGCCAAAAGAAUCGAUGGCUUGGUCUUCAGAUGCAAUGAGAUUCAGAAAAAUAUGGAUGAUUCAGCUGCAGAAGCUUCCGACAGGAUCACAGAAGUUUCCAAUGAGUUGAGCAUGACGCAUGACUACACGACUGGCCUCCAUUAUUCAAUUGUGGAGCAUGGUGGUUUCCUUCGUAAUGGCUUAGGCCUUUCAAGGGAGCAAUGGUCCCAUCUGAAUGUGCUGGAACGAGCCAAUUUGGUGAGCUCACGUACAAUGGGCUCAGUGGAAUACAUGCGUCUUGUCAGGCAGCGUGUGACGCCUGUUGGAGUUGCAGAUGAAACAGAUGAAGCUGGAAAUGGAGAUGCAAAUGAAUCAGCAGAGUCAGCACAUGACGAACCCAUGGAUGAUGCAGAAACUCAAACAGAUGGUCAGCCAGGAUCUGGAUUUCAUACAGUGGAAGGAAUGCUGGAAUUCUUGAAGCGAGAACACAAUGCAUGUCUGGACAGGAGUGAGUUUUGGGAUGCAAAUUCAAUCCAAAACACCAUUCUUCGAUUUCUGGAUGAUGUGCGUCUGGAUGCAGCAGAAGGCAUGGUCCCCAAUUGCCGUGCCAAAAUUUCCUCACUGUUUUCAAAUUUGGCUGACCAGGCCGCAGACCAAGGACGUUGGGACAGUGCAGAUCGAUAUACAGCAAUCUCAGGAAACUAUGACGACUGA